AUGGGGAUGGUGGGUAUAACGCUAUGGUACUUCGCCGGACCAGACGUGGCUCGCUAUGUCCUCUUCAUUGUCGGUUACACCUGGUUUUGCUCCCUUUCUAUAAUCAUCCUCGUACCCUCCGACAUAUGGACCACAGUUGUUAAUCAUGACAAGGGAGGAAUCUCUUUCUUCUGGAGCUGGUCAUAUUGGAGUACAUUUUUACUUACUUGGGUUGUGGUGCCUAUACUUCAGGGUUAUGAAGAUGCUGGGGAUUUCACUGUUACUGAAAGAUUGAAGACUAGCGCUCAUGUAAAUCUAAUCUACUACUUUUGUGUUGGUUCUAUUGCACUCUGUGGACUUGUUCUACUCAUCUUUCUGCGCAAGAACUGGUUUGUUUCUUUCCCACUGAAACAUUUUGCUCUCUGA